AUGACUACUCGCAUACCCCCAUACGACAUCCCUGAGCCAACUCCUUUGACAAAGGAAGAAGUGAGGGACACAUAUGCUCGCUUCGAGUCGCUUCGAGCCGACUUGGCCCGCACCUUUCGAGGUCAGAUCGCCAUUCGAGGAGAAGCCGUCUUUGCAAAGAGCAUCACCAUCUUCAACGAUGCCGCUCCACUUGGCGGCUGGAUGGUAGCCAUACCCGUCGACGUCCAUGACAUCUCGACCGUCGUCAAGUUCUGCGCAGCUCAUCGCCUCUCACCUUCCAUCAAGUCGGGCGGCUAUGCCACCGCUGGUUGGUCCAUUCAGGGUCAAGUCGUCAUCGACACUUCCUUGAUGGAUGACGUCAAGCUCGUCGUGCCAAAGUACUUGCCCUCCGAGAGUGCCGCCGCCAUGCAGGGCGUCGACUCGUCUCCCUUGACCGUGCCCGCUGCUGUCGGUCCGACUGCAACCUACAACCCUACCGGCAUGUGUGCUGUGGGCUCCGAUGGCCUCUGUUCGUCGUCCGAGCCUUCCUCCUCUCAGCCUACUACAAAUUCCGACAUGGCUUCGUCGGCCGUGGCAGCGAUCGAUCCCAUCACCGCUAGGACAGACGCAGACUCGAUCGUACUUCAGAGCGACUCCGUCAGCGCAGCAGAUCGUCUCGUCAAGCAGCAGAUUCACAGCACCUGGGCCACUCCCAUCCAGGACACCGUCACCAAGCGCGACCCCUCCAACGGAGAAUCUUCCGAGGAUAUCGAUCCGCAGGACCCCGCAAAGAACGCGCUCAAACGCAAGAUGCGCGCAUCCGACCAAGCAUCCAUCGGCUCAUCGGAUCCAGCAGCAGCUGGUCUCGUCCGACGCAGGACAGAUCCCGUCGAAGACGCCAACGUCAAAUCAGCCUACAUGCAGCACGGCCGAAGCCACGAGAGUGGAGCAGACGCCGACAGCGAGAGCUCUGGCGCCAGCUCUACACGCGAUCGAAAUAGCCGCGAUGGCGAUGUCUCCGAAGAUCGUCAUCGAUCCGAUUCCAGUGGCGAGCCAUCAAAUCCAGACGACAAGAAGCGCACCGUCGCUGCUUCCAGGAGUGACUUCCUCGACGCUUCCGAGCCUCGCGAUUCGGCCCCGCUUUACCGUACACCAAAUUCGGGGUCCGGCUCUUCUGAUCAGCCGAGAGCCGCGCCCGUCCCUGCCAAAGCCUGGGUCGAUCGUCAGCUCGAUUUGUCUGGCAACGCAUCCGAUUCUCCCAGUGGUAGCAACUCAGGUUCCACGGGCGGCGGCAGCUCAUCCAAUCUUGCUUCCAGCUCCACGUCAGCUUCGAAGCACUCGUCCGCCAAGUCCUGGAACGCCAGCGCUGACCGAGCAGACGUCAAGAUGGACACUGACGCUGUCGGAGGCGCCAGCACCGAUGACAUGGAAGAUGAGGCUGCCCGCUUCAAGCGUCCAGAUGCCAUUUCGCUGCCCAGGCAUACUGCGCCAUCCUCUUCACAGCGACGGGGCGUCUCGCGAUCUGGCUCCGGGUCAGGAUCAGGAUCCGCAUCCGACUCGGGUCGUCAACGUCGAGACUUCUCCGAUAGCCAAACACCAGAUGACUGGGAUAUGAGCGCCAGCGCAGAGCAUCGACGAUGGCACCGACACCACCGACCGCCUUCCGCCACACCAGGUGAAAAGAUGAAGCUGCCCGAAGGCGGAUUUGUCUGGCGCAGCGACGGUGCGGAUGCCGGAAUCUCGAGCAUAUCUGCCGCUCCCGGGUCCUUGCCGUGGGAUGCCGAAGCGUUUGCAGCCAGCCCUGAAGCUGCUGGGGCUGCAGCCGCUAAACGACCCAGCUCGCGCAGUGCACGCUCUUCGUCUGGCGAAGCCUCCUCGAACGAGAUGGACACUAGUCGUCCGGGUGGGCCGGGCUACUUUGGCGCUUCCACGCUGAGCGAUUUGCAGGAUGCCUGGCCCACCAGCACGUGGGCGGUCAAUCAGGAAGGAAGCAACGAUCCCUCCUCGAAUCUGCCACGUUUCAUCCCGUCGCCUCUGCACAAGUAUGGAUCACCCUCGCCAACACCGCAGAUCCCCGACCCGUCGAAUCCCUACACUUUCAAUACUCGUCCCGAGCCGUCCCCCAGCAUCGCAGCCGCCAUCCUGCCACCAGGCAUGUACGAGGAUCGCUAUGCGCUGGCCUCCUUUGGUCCCGGUGUCGGCAUUCGAGGACUGGACGCAUUUACAGAUCAAGCGGGACGCGAAGGCAACUUCCUCGCCGCCAUGAGCGAAGAUGGCAAGGGCAAGGAGAGGCAGAUGGACCAGCAGGACGCUCUGCCGCCGCUUGUGGUCAACGGCGUGCCGUACCACGUCCCUGUCUCUGCCUAUCCCGUCGGAUCUACAGCCAUGACCACGGGCGGGUUCGGCUACCUCACACGCGCCUACGGUCUUUCGCUCGACAACAUCACCGAAGUGGAGAUGGUGCUGGCUGAUGGCACCAUCGUCACGCUCAACGAGGAUUCGAAGAAGAAGUCGCAGCUCGAGCAGGACCUCUGGUGGGCAGUCCGGGGUGCAGCACCAUGCUUUGGCAUCGUCACCCGACUCACUGCCAAGGCGUACCCCGUGCCCUCAGUGUACUCGGGCAACCUGAUCUACCCGCUCAACCCUGCCACUGCGAGCUCCCUCAUUCGACACUGGCGAGACUGCCUUAAGGCGGGCCUGCCGCGCAACUUCUACACCAACCUCAUCCUCACCGCUGGCCCAAGCAAGACGAGCCACGUGAUUGUCAUCCAGGUGUGCUAUCUUGGUCCCAAAUCGGACGGCGAGGCUCUUGUGCAGGCGAUCAGCAGCUGGACGGGCGAGCGACUGCUUCUCAAAGAUGUCGAGGAGCGCAGCUUCCUCUCGCAGCAAGAUGGCGUGGCCAAGGUGCUCAAAGGCGGUACGGGACGACGCUGGAUGGUGCGAGGAGACCUCAUCUCGACGCUGACCGACGACGUGAUCGCCAAAAGCGUGCGCAAUUUCCAAGGUCUCGGUAGCCGUGCCGUGUGGCUGUUCGAGCUCAUGGGUGGUGCUGUCGAGGACAGCCCUGCGGACGACACGUGCAUCUGCCCAGAAGCCCGCGCGGCCAAGUUCACCGUCGGAUCGCUGCAACAGUGGAGCGGCAAGGCGGAGGACCGCACGUGCAUCGAAAGCGUCGAGCGCUGGCUCAACGAAGUUGUGGACAAGGUCAGCGUCGGCGGACCGUAUCCGUGCUUCUUGGGCAGGUCGGAGCGCAUGGAUAGGGUCAUCGGUGCUUAUGGGUUGGAGAACUUCAAGAGGUUGUUGGAGAUCAAGCAGCGCGUGGACCCGGGGAACAUGUUCAGGCACACGUUCGGGCAUGGAUUCGUGGUCGACGAUCCAGAGAGGCUGUUGGUGGAGCUGGAGGAGAGGAGGGAGGUGAGGAGACGGGUGCAGGAGCAGCAGGCCCAGCAGGCGGCUCAGUUGAAUGGUCAGGGGAGCUCGUCCCAGGAGUAA